AUGGAUACUCUGUCACCCAACAAUGGCUCCAAGUCGAGCUCCAGCGGCAGUUCAGCGGCCAGUUCCUCCAUGGAUCUCGGCAAGCAGCAGCAGAAGGAGAAGCUGCAUCGUCACCCGAGGAAUGGGCCCAAGAAACUUUCCCGUUCCAGGAGUUUGCUGCAGUUGCUCAGCCGGCACCUGGGCAGGCACUUUCACCACCAGAACCAACAGAACGAGACGGUCUACAGCAGCCAGGACGACAUCAGGAGCAGCUCCACGGAUUCCUUCAGCUUGAGCUACGAGCGUGGCAGCCACGAGUGCCCUACCAAUGGUUCCUCCCUGGACCUGGAGCACACAUCCCGGACCUCGAGCGGAUCGGCCUGCUCCAGAUACUCGCCCGGCCUGGAUUACUACGAUCAGCAAGGGCACAUCUAUGUGGAGGCCGUUUACAGACCCGGCAGUGCCAUGGAGCAACUGCAUCCGCAGCUGCACUUCGAGGAGGACACCAGCGAGGAGGGCAGCAGCAACGAGGCGGAGGAUGAGGUGGAGCUGCGCCACGACGAGAACGAAAACGAGAACGAGAACAACAAGCCACGAUCCGCAUCCGCCGCGUCCGCAAAGUCACCGGGACUGCACCUCAGCCGGAUUUCCAUCUCCUCCUCGGUGAGCCGCAUCCUGCACCACUUCUCCAGUCCGACGGGAAAUGCAUCGAUGCGCUCGUUGUCCUGCAGCAGCACUCCACUGCGUCAGCCCAAGAAAUCCCUGUCGCCGAACAACUCGAACAACAGCAGCAGCAGCAGCUCCAGCUCCAAAUCCUCCCGUGCUCCGGCCGCCAAGAAGGAGGACAAGAAGCAGCAGAGCAUCCUGCGACCGCCAGUCCAGUACGUCUACAUGAAGGGCAUGUCGGGACUGUAUUCCCGAGUGCCCAGCUAUGCGGUCUGCUAUCCGUAUACCCUGCAGCACAUGUACUAA